AUCAUCCGCAUCUGGCGGAGGAUGCUGACAGCUACCAAAGGUGGCGAACGCGCUGCGGGCAUGCCGGGCGGGGCCGGGGGAAGGCGUUGCAUGGCGUGCGGUCCAAAUUUAAAUUGCCUUGGACGUAGAACGUAUGUCCAUACUCUCACAGCUCCUUGUAUCAUAACGGCAGUUAGCAUAAUAUAUCCAGGAAUAGGCGCACGCGGCCCAACGGCAACUGGGCGCGAAGCCCCACGGAUAGCUGCUCCUGUUCAGUCUGCUUUAGCACCUGUCGCGUAGCCUUAGCAUCGAUACGUUUAAUCGGUCGGCGCUAAUAUGGCGGACGCCGGCGCCGCUGGCGGUGGAGAUGCGUCGCAGCCAACCCUAUUGCAGAGCUGGUACAACUGGGGCGGCAGCAUGGUGACAUAUGCGCAGCAGACUCUUAAUAGCUUUAUGGGUUGGGAGGACCUGGAGGUGGUUGACCCUGAGGCUGAGAAGGCCAAGAAGGGGCAGGAUGCCACCGCGACUGGCCUUCUGGAGCAGGAGCGCAAGCAAGCUUGGGGCACCAAGCAAUUCCAGCAGUACAUCGGCGCGGAUGUGACCAGUCUGCUGAGCGUGCCGGUGUGGAUUAUGGAGCCGUUCACUAUCCUGCAGAAGGCUGCGGAGAUUAUGGAAUACACGGAGCUGCUGGACGCCGCUGACACCACCGAGGACGAGUUUGACCGGUUUGCGCUUGUGGCUGCGUACUGCGUGUCGCCUUUUGGCGCCGCUGAGCGCGCCUGGAAGCCGUUCAACCCCAUCCUGGGCGAGACGUUUGAGCUGGAGGUGGGCAGCGGCGUGCGCUACCUGGCGGAGCAGGUCAGCCACCACCCGCCCAUCUGCGCCGCACACGCCCAGAACUCCCACUUCCGCUACGACCUGGUGUCCGCCCCCACUACCCGCUUCCUGGGCAACAGCCUGGAGGUGUACCCCUACGGCCGCACCCGCAUCACGCUGGUCCGCACCAAUGAGGUGUACACGCUGGUGCCGCCUAACGCCAUGGUGCACAACAUCGUGAUCGGGCGUACCUGGGUGGACGCUUACGGGCCCAUGACCAUCAACUGCCACACCACCGGCGCCAAGUGCCGCCUGGAUUUCAAGCCCUGCGGCUGGUUCGGGUACGGCCGCUACGAGUUCGAGGGCUAUGUGUACGAUAAGGACGGCGUGAAGCGGGUCAAGCUGACGGGUAAGUGGAGCCAGUACGCGGACGCAGUGCGCUGCGACGCGGAGGGCGUGCCGCUGCCGGACGAGCCGGUGAAGCGGCUGUGGACGUGCGCCGCCAAGCCUGUCGGCGACUACUACUCUUUCACCACCUUUGCGCACAAGCUCAACAGCAGCGAGGGCAUUCGCGCACCCCUGCCUAGCGACAGCAGGCGCCGCCCAGACCGCGCCAACCUGGCUGCCGGGCAGAUGGCUGCGGCCGGCAGCGAGAAGGUGCGGCUGGAGGAGAUGCAGCGCGCGGAGCGCCGCGAGCGUGACAAACGUUCGGACUCGUGGGUGCCGCGGUGGUUCCGCAAGGUGGAGCAGCCCAAGUUGUACGACGGUGAGUUGGAGAUCGAGAAGGUGCCGUUCUGGGAGUUCACGGGCGACUACCUGCAGCUGCCCCAGAGCGAGGAGGCCAAGGCUGGCGACAUCAACGGCAAGGGCUUCGCCCCCUGGCAGUACCCCGACAUCCACGAGAAACUGUGAGCAGGAGCGGUGUGCAGGAGUGAUGUAAGUGUGUGUGUGUGUAUGUGUGUGUGUGUGUGUGUGUGUGUGUGUGUGUGUCUCUCAAAACAUACGGCGCCAGCAACUGACGCCUGCUGUGUGCCCGGUUGGUUGGGAGUGUGGAGUGUGCAGCGGAUGGUGUCAAGGUCACAGCAUUGGAGUUAUCGCAGUUCGCUAUCGCGCUGCGCACGAUAGUUGUUGGUGACGGGUUGGGAUUCGCCCAUACAUGUGAAGCUGGCAAGCCAGUGCAGGCCAAUGCCAGUGCACUGGCCCCGGGCUGGGCCAAGCGUAGCGCGUGCUAAUGGCGUGUGGAUGCGACGGCGAACUGCUGCUGGCGCUGCAUACUCUGCGAAGGGUAGAAAAUGCAUGGGGAGGGUAGGGGCUCGAUUGGGUAGGCCAAGGAUGCCGGGCAACAGGAUGCAUUUUGCGCAGAGAUGGAAUUACGGUGUACUCAUUAUCUGGGGAGAUCGUCCAUCAUCACGAUAGGCAAGGUUGGCGGGCAAGGAUUUCACAAGUGUGCAUGACUUCUCCGUAUGGAUGUGGGGCCGGCGGUGAGCGUCAGAAGUUGUGAUAUAGUAUGGGCUCCCAUGUUUUGGUGAUGUGCCCCUGCAUAGACGUGCAUGCGCGACGCACUGAGCUGCAUUCGAUGAAGGAGCAUGUGCGUGGACUGUACGCUGUUGCUGCGGUGGCGCAGCGGGGGUCAGCUCGAGCGCUUUUGUCAGCAAUUGCUUCACCAACUGUACCUACAUUACAGCGUGUACAACUUGCAGGUCAGCGGCAGGAGCUCGGCAGCUUAGGGCUAGUCAUGUACCCCUUAUGCCCAGCCCUGUGGGCUGAGCAGUCUGGCUGCAUAAGCUCUCUCGUGAGGCGCAUGCACAAUUUCGGUAAUCCGAGCCCCGUCACCGCCGUGGGGCUGGAAGCAGGGUUGCACACUUCGUAGUAAGCGCACUACGUACCAGUACGCUUCUCUUCAAAGUGAAGUACAUAGGAGAAUACGUUGUGCAGGGGGGUUUGUAGAUACCCGCCCAAACCGGAGGAUACAGCAGGGGACGGGGGGGGAGGCGGGGCCGUGCCUGUGGGAUGCCGUGCUUUGCAUGCAUAGGCUGCGACAAGUGAGCCAGAAGUUGUAACGACAGCUAUAAGGCACUCCCAUGCAUCACAGCCAAGAUCACAGCUUAGCGUAAUGAAAAUGGCCAAGACUUGCAUCUAAACUUGCAUCGUACAUGGUAUGGGCUCAGUGUAUUUUCCCGCAUUUUGGCCUAACGUAUUCCAGCGCAUCAUACUAGGAGGAGCGCGGAGGAGGGCGUAAUGCAUACUGCAGUAGUACGCGUAUCCUGGAAGAGGGGUCGCGUACUGUGCAACCCUGGCACCCACGCUCCGCCACCACAAUUGACAAAUUGCAGCAGGGGCAAAGCAAAUUCGUCUGCUGGCCGACCUCACAGCCCAUAAUUACAAGCCUCUAGGGCUCAGCCCCUAGCCUUACGAGCCUCGGCUCGUGAGGGAGCGCACAACAUUUUCGUUGGCGGCUUUGGCUUUCGUUACUAACUUUUUGUAGCCUUUUGCGGGCUCUGUGAGGCUUUACGACUUGGUUCCGACUUGGUUUGGAUGGCUUCGGCCUUGGGUGGGUGCGUCGCGCCCUGUUUUCGGCAUUGCGCGUUCUGUGGCGGCUGGCCGCGUCUGGGUGGCCGGCCGCGCUCGUUCUGCUCUGUGGUCGCUUUUUGGUUUCGUGUGUGCAGGUUACGGGUGGCCCUGGUGGUCGCUCGUGGCCCGGCGCAAGCUUCGAUGUUCCGUGGUGCUCCUCGGCGCCUCUCCUCGUGCCGCCUGGCCCGCCGUCGUCUCCACCGGCGGCCUUGCUGGCUCAGCAGAUAGUUAGGUUGCGGGUGCCGUUCGUAGCAUGGCGGUUCAGGGACCGUUAGGCAGCAGAUGACGCUGGUCGGGUAGUCCCGGGUGUCGGGUUGUGAGUGCCUGGGCGGCUGUUGCCCGGGCGCCCGGGCGGCUGGUGCGCCUGUUCGCCUCCGGGCGCGCGCGUGCCUGUUUGUCGGGUCGGUCUAGUUCGCUGGUGGGGCGGGUGGAGGGCGGUGUGCCCGUGGCGAGGUGUUGUGGUGUACUGGUGGUUUGGUCAGUUUCCGGCUCGGUUUCCCUUUGUGGUGCCUCGGCACCGACGUUUCAGGACAUGGGCCUCCGGGCCAAGACAUUGCGCGUCUGUGACGCCGUCGAGAAAAUGUGUGGUGCUUGCGUUUGAUGGGGAUGUCGGCAGACCUCUGGCCUGUCGCGCCUUGUUGUGCGUUGGUGCUGCCGCCAAAAGACCUAAACGAGAUGAGGGGUGUUACGUGGCGGUGGGGCUUUGGCGGGCUUCGGCUUGGCUUCGACUCAUGUGCGUAACACUAUGAAGGUCGGCAGCCAACCAGGGGGCGGGUGUUGUUUCUCUGGGUCGCAGAUGGCCCUUCGCGGCGUGGGUACGGCGUGCCCCCGCUUGUCGGGUUGUCCCUUCAAUUGUAAUCCGCAUCCAUA